AUGGAUGCCCUCACUUCCGCCGUAGGUUUUGUUUCGCCAGCAAUUCAUUCCAGCCUCCUUCCACACCCCGACCCAGUCUCAUCAGUGGCAACUAGUGGAACAAAGCCGUCGAUAGCCUCGGGAAGUUCCUCAUGUUUCUCAUCAAUGUCACAGUGGGACUCCGAAGCCACGGAGAAUUGGUGCCGCGUGUGGUUCCCAGAGGCGGACCUCGGAAGGGAAAGCCGCGGAUUCGAGCUUUGGUCCGUAUACAACCCCCCCGCCGGCGAGAACGUACCGAGAGCCCUCCAAGGGCGGCCAAGGCCAAGCCACCCGGUGGUUCUGGAAGGAGACUUCAACCUAAAGAACCCACUGUGGGAUGGGUUCGGACGCUACGACAGGAAAUCUGAAGACCUAUUGCAGCUGGUAUACUACGGGGAAGAGUGUCGUGGAAAGUCAGACCACUACCCACAAGUGCUCGAGGUCGGGGAAGGGCAUGGGCCGAGGCCAACCCAACCGGAUGGCUGGGCCUGGAAGAAGAUGGACAGGGAGAGGGUGAAGGCUGAAUCAGCGUUGCUAUGCAAGGUCAUGGGGCUCGCGGACCCGGGACCGGACGGACUACCGGCCGGAACCCGGACAGUCGAGGGUCUUGGCAAAGCUUUCGAUAGCCUGGCCGAGUGGCUCACCUGGACCGCGAAGGAAAGCACUCCACGGAAAAAGGCGAGCUGCGGCUACAGCUCUCCCUGGUGGACUGUGGAGGUGCAGCAGGCCGCCCGGGAGGCCAGGAGGGCCGAGAGGCUGGCGAAGGAGACUCGGGCAGAGUACUGCUGGGAGGAGCUUAGCGAAAGGCUCAAGGACCUUGCUAGAACAACGCGCGAAGCACGGACGAGGGCUUGGAGGAACAGCCUACAGGAAGCAAGCGAGGCAAAGAAGCCCGAUCAGAUGUGGAGCUUGGAAAGAUGGGCUAGGCUGCGGAGCUUUUUGCCGCCAGAACCACCGAGGCUUCCGGAAUUUAAGGACUCUUCCGGACAGGUAACGGCCGAAACGCACGACCAGAAGGCCAGCGCGCUGGCCGAGAGGUUCUUCCCGGACCCACCGGCCAACCUGACGGACGUGGAAGACCAAGCCUUUUUGGGCAGCUGGAACCCGGGCUUCGACGUCGUACAGGCAGUGACGCCGACCGAGAUCACGGAAGCGAUAGGAAGAGCAAGCCCCUGGAAGGCGCCAGGCGAGGAUUUGCUCCCGAGGGGCCUUCUGAAGGCGUGCGGAGCACCGUUAGCUGAAGUGCUGGCCCUUCUGGCGACAAGGUGCCUGGAGCUAGGAUGGUUCCCGAACCGUUUCAAGAGGGCGAAGACUGUAGUACUACCGAAACCAGGAAAGGCUCCGCCGGCGUAUCAGACCCCGGGGGGAUACAGGCCCAUUGCUCUGCUGCCAACCCUGGGGAAGGUAAUAGAGUCAGUGGUCGCCAGGAAGGUCACUCAAGCUGCAGAAGUCAACGGCCUCCUACCAGAUGAACAAAUGGGGAACAGGGCACACCGCUCCACAGAGCUGGCUGUCCGGCUAGUAGUAGCCCAGGUCCAGGAGGCGUGGAGACAGAAGGGUGCGGCAUCCCUAUUGCAACUGGACAUCUCAGGAGCCUUUGACACGGUCAACCAUACCCGACUGCUAGCAACUUUGCGAGAAAUGGGCUUCCCGAGGUGGCUGGUCCUCUGGACGAGAGAUUGGUUGACCGGUCGAGAGGCCACCCUUCUUUUCGACGGCAAGACGGCGGCGCCGACGGCAAUUCGGGCAGGGGUCCCCCAAGGCUCACCCCUUUCCCCUGUUCUCUUCAUCCUGUACAUUUCCUCAUUAUACAAGCAGCUAAAAGACGAGCACCCUCACUUGGCUAUAACAGGGUUUGCGGAUGACACCAACCUCCUAGUAUUUGGUCGAAAUCCCCAAGCCAAUGUCCGGCAACUAGAGGCGGCGUGGGAAACGUUCCUGGGGGUCUGGCUGGACUGGAAACUCAACUGGAAGGCUCACCUGGUGGCGGUGGAGAAGAAGCUGAGGACCCAGAGCUAUGCCCUGUCGAGGAUCGUGGCAAAGACGUGGGGAAUGGGGCUAGCCAAAGCGCGAGAAGUGUACACAAAGUGCAUCCGGUCGGCGCUGGCCUAUGGCGCAUCAUCGUUUCACAUCCCCACGGAUGUGGGAGGCGAGCCGGUAAAGAAAGGCAUCACUAAGGCCCUCGGGAAGGCCCAGAACAAGAGCUUGCGGAUUGUGGCGGGAGCCUUUAAGUCUACCCCCAUCCGUGACCUCGAGACAGAGACAUGGGUACCACCAUUGGACUUGUACCUAAACAAACGGCUUGCAGAUUUCGAAAACCGACUCCAACGACCCGAUCUGGACGACGGUCAAGGCGGCAAGAAGACGGCGGGGAGCCGGGGAGCGUUGUCCUCACCGCCUGCCGCAAGAUACAGCAGAGACUUAGCUCGAGGAGGGGCAACAGGGGCCGACCGCGAACCUUGGGACCUCAAGGGCCUACGGCGGUGGAGAGAGCCGCGGGCACGGUCAUGCGCUGGACGGGGGGAACCGUUGAUACGAACAGGGUAG